ACUCCCCCCCCCCCUCUUCCAAAAUUCUGUAAAAAAUGACAAAAACAACAAAUCCGUUUUCUUUGCAGAGAGUUUUCCCCGUUCUCCUGGUGGUGUGUCUGACUUCUCUCUUCGCUUACUACUACACCUCCGUCAAAUCCACGCCCAUCGGCUUCAGUAUAGAUUCUUUAGACGCGAGGGACCUUCAGAAAGUAUCGACCGCCCUUCAACAUGAAGAGUCCCCCGAGGCAGAGAACCAGAGAACCACCACCGAAGCGCCGUUGACGGAAACCUCAGCAAAAUCCCCCUCCUUCACCCCUCCUCCAGGGUCCUCCGGCGGUCGGGUGAGCACGGAGGGCGCGCCGCCGAAGAGAGAAGACGGCCUCAUGCCCUUCGAGGACGAGAAGGACUCCAAGUUCAACAUCGCCAAGAAGCUCUUCACUAAGGAAAACGUCUCGGCCGAUGUGGACGGACCUCCGCUGAAGAAGAUUUUGUUCUGGAACGAUGCUUAUUCGAACAAGGACUUCGGCUUCGGCUUCGGACGCGAGCCGUUCAUCCGAGCCGGCUGCCGCGUCAACACUUGCCUCACGACGGGAAAGCGCGACCGGUUCCCGCUGAAGGAGCUGGACGCUGUAAUCUGGCACUUCAGGGCAAACGACAAGUCCCUUCCUGCCGAGCGGUCGCCCCACACGCGCUACGUCUUCUGGAUGAUGGAGUCUGCGUCUCAUCUCUUCGGUGACAUAAGACGCUUCAAUAACCUCUUUAAUUGGACCAUGACCUACCGCCUCGACUCAGAUUUUGCCAAUCCGUACAACCGCGUGUACAGGCGGAAACAGCCCUUGCAAGUCGCACGUAACUACACUGAAGGGAAGAGCAAGCUAGCGGCGUGGUUCGUCACCAAUUGCUACACCAUCGGAGGCAGGGAGAGCCUCGUGAAGACCUUGUCGCAGUGGAUCAAAAUAGAUGUGUACGGGGGGUGCGGGCCAUUAAAGUGCGAGAGGGCCCAGCAGUCCGAGUGCCACAGAAUGCUCAAUCGAACCUACAAGUUCUACCUGUCUUUCGAAAACUCCCUCUGUCAGGACUACGUCACGGAGAAGUUCUUCAAUAUCUUACGGCUGGACGUCGUGCCCGUCGUCUACGGUCUGGGGAACUACUCCGUGCAGGCGCCUCCUCACUCCUACAUCGACGCCCUCUCCUUCCCGACGGCGAAGGACCUCGCCGACUACCUCCUCUACCUCGACAAGAACCACACCGCUUACAACGAGUACUUCAAGUGGAAAGAGAACUACUUCGUUGGGAGGGGCGACUGGGCGCGAGUCGCUCGGGCCUACUGUGCCCUGUGCGAGCGCCUGCACACGGACACGACCCCCAAGACGUACGACCUGAACGACUGGUUCGUGAGCAAGUCCCACUGCCUGUCUCGGUCGUCGCCCCGAAUCCGGGCCUUCAUCGGCGGGUACAAAUACUCCCAUUACAUCGCCUUCCUUGUCUCUGUCGUGGUCCUCACGGCUGUCGUCUUCGCUUUUGUCUUGACUGUAGCAGCAGAGCCCACAAAAGGAGACGCUUGCAAGGGCUACUCAAUUGGCUCCACAUUCGAGAAAGCUGCUUCAGGACCGGCCACCACGAUCCUCUUCGCCAGGAGCGUCUUGUCCUGCGCCGAGAAGGCCCUCUCCAUGCGCUCGCACACCGCCUUCAGUAUCCUUAGCCCUCGCCAUACCAUGCCGGCAGUACAACGUCUUGAUGAAUAUGAGUCCACAGUUUUAAAAGAUCGUAAAGUAAAACCAAAUACGAUUUCUGUCCCUUGUUCCCAUCUCCAUGUGGAAAUCGAGUAUGAAAAACGAAUCCUAUUGAAGGUAUGCGGCCCUCGAACAAGGAGCAAUAGCGAGGAAUCAUUGUUAAAAAUUUCUACGUCAAGACCUGAUGGCUUGAAGGAUGAUCAGUUAAACAAAGAGAACUGUUUGUCUUCCCUGUCGUCACUGCAACACCUCGAUAUGAUUCGCACAAGGAAUUUCUUUCUCCUUGCAUUCUCCCUGAUAUCCAUGCUCAUAUACCUUCUAUACAUGGACCUGUUGCCUGGCAGUGUGCGCCAAAUCGGAAACCAGGAGUCCUCUGCAGCCUCGGUUAAAUCUCGUAUUUAUAGCAGAGCAGAAGCGAAUAACUUCAUUUUCCCGACGGAAGAGGCAGACAACCCGAAGUUUAAAGCCCCCCCUGAAGAUUUCUUCAUAGAAAACGGAGACGCUGAUCUUCGGCAUCAAAACUAUUCUUCCUUGAAAAAGAUUUUAUUUUGGAAUGUUGAUGAUUUCCAAACGAAGCACUACGGCUUCGGCUUCGGCCACGCCCCCUUCGUCCGCGCCGGCUGCCGGGUGGACGCCUGCCUCACGACGGGCGAGCGAGGGCGCUUCCGGCCCGAGGAGCUGGACGCCGUCAUGUGGCACUUCAGGAGCUCGGACAAGUCGCUGCCGGAGAGCAGGUCUCCCAACACCCGCUACGUCUUCUGGGUGCUGGAGUCUGCGUCUUAUCUCUACGACGACAUCUCCCGGUUCGACAACAUCUUCAACUGGACCAUGACGUACAGACUCGAUUCGGACUUUCCUAGGCCGUACGCCCAAGUGUUCAGAAGGAAGGAUCCCUUACACAUCCCGUCGACGAGGAACUAUGCUGAGGGCAAGACCAAGAUGGCCGCCUGGUUCGUCUCUCACUGCUACACGGUCGGAGGGAGAGAGAUCCUAGUGGAGACCCUGCAGCAGUGGAUCGAAGUGGACAUCUUCGGCGGCUGCGGGCCCUUCAAGUGCGAGCGGUCGCAGCAGUCCGAGUGUCACAAGGCCCUAAAUGAUACCUACAAGUUCUACCUGGCCUUUGAGAACUCUCUCUGCCAAGACUAUGUCACGGAGAAACUCUUCGACAUGUUAAAGCUAGACAUCGUGCCCGUCGUCUACGGUCUGGGGAACUACUCCGUGCAGGCGCCUCCUCACUCCUACAUCGACGCCCUCUCCUUCCCGACGGCGAAGGACCUCGCUGACUACCUCCUCUACCUCGACAGGAACCACACUGCCUACACCGAAUAUUUCAAGUGGAAGACAGACUACUUUGUCGCCGACGAAUGGAUACAGAAAGCCCAAGCUUACUGUGGGCUGUGCGAGAGACUCCACAGCGACAACAGCACCAAAGUAUACGACCUGAGCAAGUGGUAUGUGCAAGAGUCGCACUGUGUGGGGAAGACGACCCUGGAAAUUCGGGAAUUCAUUGGCGGGUUCAAAUACCACCCUGCGGUACCCUUUCUCGCGAGCUUGGUGAUAGUGGCUGGUGUUGUCAUUUACUGUUAUUCUUACAUGCAAGACAAAUAGAAUAGAACGCAGGCUUUCUAAGUUGAUACGACAGAGAAAGCGAAUGGUACGAAAUGACUGAGUAACUUUAAUGAUUUGUGAGGUCAAAAAGUAGAAAAUCUUCCUAUGACAAAUUAGAGAGAAUUGGUCGUUUGUAUGGAAAGUGUUCCUCACCUGUUACACUGUCAGGUGCGUAUGAGGAAGAACACGAUCUUAAAGAAAAAAAUUAUAAUAAAAAAAGAAAAUAAAAAUAAACGUGGACCUUAUUUCUCUUCUACAAAAGGAACUGUUUCGUGAUGAAGAGGUGUACUUUUCAGGCCAAAAGUCGAACCAUACG